UCUUUCAUUACAGGCAUUCUGAAGAUCUGUUAACUAGGCUACCCGCUGAGAACUUAGUUUCUCUCGAUAACUCCGCCUAGGGGAAAGUCCCCGGACCCAUGGCAGAGAGUGCCUUGCUUAGUUGCAUUGAUCCUGUUUGCAUGCUUACAUUCAACAGCUAAGAAGUCCACGGGACUGAGCGGGUGAGAGCAAAUGGGAUCCUGUCAAUGUAACGCAGUAACGCAGGUGAUGUACGAUUCUACCAAAUACAUCAACAGAACGGGGCUCACUCUCAGAAUGUUAUUUUUGAGAAAAUGCUACUAACAUCCUUAGCUGUGUUGUGAUGCAUUUCCGGCACAAAUGCAUUUAGGAUACAUUGAGUUCCCUUUCAGAAAGUGCCACUGCACUACUGAAAUAUCUGCAGUAUACAGUAUUUUGACACUGCUACUUUAUUCCUGUAAUAUUAUUUAUGUCCUAUACUUGUAGAACUGAAUCAAAAGUAUUACAGCGUUAUAUUGCAGUACUUUUCUUAGGGUUAGUAUUUACAAACAAACGUCUGGUAUUCAGACUUUAAAUGUCGGUAUUUCACUUGCACGGUGAAAUAUGUGACAUUUUUGUAAACACAUUGGUUGUUUACAGAAUUCUAGUAAUCUAUAAUGUUUUGCUUGCGGUGUUUCCAACUUUUGUGUCAGCUUGUCCUUUCGAUAUUACGUGUCUUUGGUCAUUGUUGUGGACGGUUUAAUUCAUAAUUAUAACAAAAAACGUCUUCACUUAUAAAUUGCAUUACCUAUUUGAUAAUUGUUAAAGGAAGUACUGUAUGAAAAGUACGCCACUGCUCUUAAUAUGUUUUAUAAACACAAGUAGGCGUUUACUUUCCUUUUAAGAGAGUGGCAUCUGUGAACUUCAACCCGAGUGAGUACAGCCCAACCCCCUGUCGGAGAAGCUGCGGGAAAAUGCAAAAACGCGGUGCAUUGCCUUAUAAGGCAUAUCCCAGAGCAUGCGCACAAAAGAGAGUUUUGUUUGAAGUGAAUUGCAGUUAGUGAAGCAGAUUGAGCUGCAUAGAAGCAAUAGUACAGUAUCCUUUUCAGAUGCGUUUUUGUGAAGUUAUUCGCUCCUUUUUUCCUAUAUUUGUUUUUUUUGCUUGAUGCAUAACUAUAAACAUGUUAGGGCAUUAUCCAAUCGUAGAAAAGAACCAGCUGGUGAGUUAUGUGGAAGAUUAUCUCGAAUGUGUGGAGUCUCUCCCUUUGGACAUACAGAGGAAUGUGUCUUUGCUACGAGAGAUCGAUACAAAGUAUCAAGAAGUUUUGAAAGAAGUUGAUGAUGUCUACGAGAAGUAUAAAAAAGAGACUGACCUGAGUCAGAGGAAGAGGCUGCAGAAUCAUCUCCAGCGAGCUCUGAUCAGCAGCCAGGAGUUGGGAGAUGAGAAGCUCCAUGUGGUCACUCAGGUGAUGGAACAGGUGGAGAACCGAUCCAGGCAGAUGGAGGCCCAUUCGCAGUGUUUCCAGGAGCCACAAGAGGUCGAAAAGCCUGUGGAGAAAGCGAAGCCCGAGGCCGUGCUGCCGGAGAGGCCUUCAACCAGACGAAUCCGCCGGCAGCGCAACAGCGAAAGCCACGAAUCGUGCCACAUCGCCAAUGGGGUGGCGUUGGAGGAGGAGGCGGCCGGUGAGGAGCAGCCGCCCAAGGAGAAGAAAUCUAAAUCAGCCAAGAAGAAAAAACGGACAAAAGCCAAGCAAGAGCGAGAGGUCUCUCCCGUCGAGUUUGCCAUCGAUCCCAACGAGCCCACUUACUGCCUGUGCAACCAAGUGUCUUACGGUGAAAUGAUAGGGUGUGACAAUGAACAGUGCCCCAUCGAGUGGUUUCAUUUCUCAUGUGUUGGACUCACCUAUAAGCCAAAGGGAAAGUGGUACUGUCCCAAAUGCAGAGGGGAUAGUGAAAAGACAAUGGACAAAAGCAUUGAGAAAACUAAAAAAGACAGAAGGUCGAGGUAGUGAUGUCCAUCAACACUUUUUUUUUUUUUUUUUUUUUGUAUCGUUGCAUUUUCUUUGCAGGUAAAACAAUCUUCUAGAACAAGUGCAUAUGACUAUGCAAUACUUUUUAGUCGAUAGUAUUAAUGAAAUAUUAAAGUUGCUGUACUUUAAGUCUUGUGAUUUGUGUGUUUCUGCACUUGUCAAAAAUAAUAAUAAUGCAAGUUGUAACUGGGUGCUCUUGCGACAAAAAAGAACAAUGCAUCGUAGCAUAGACCUGAAAGAAAACAUCUCCAUUUAACCUUAAGAUUACAGAAGAUGUAUUUAAAAAUAAAGAAAUGCUGCCAUUUCUCUCUGUACAGGAGGAACUGUUUGUUUAGUCAGAUUCACUUUUUGUUUAAAACUUUAUGAAGAGGCAGUAGUUGAAAAGAACUGUGUGGGCAGAACACAAGUAACUCUACACUGUAUAUUUGUUUGCAUACUUGAUUAUUGAUGGAUAGCACAUUGAUGGAACAAGGCACAACACAAGGUUACAAACUAACUUGCAUUCACAGUAUUUAUAAUCAUGAUGAAGAGACAAUGCUCUCCUUUUUUUUUUUUUUUUUUUUUUUUAAAGUUGUAAAACAAAUCAUUGGCAACUUUUAAUGUCUUCCAAGGCAAAUGUCACUGUUUUAGUAUAUUGUUUGGUAUUUACUAAUUUAAUUUUGUAACUUUGCAGUAUUUAAAUAAAACUGUGCC